AGUAGGGGCCGAAAACAUAGCUCAACCGCUAUUAGAGGCAGAGGCAGAGGUAGGAGGCAUAAUGGAAAGGCAGUGGAAAAUCUAAAACUUCAUUGGGAAAGCUUAGUGGAGGUUGAAAUUAAGGAGGCUGAAAUCGAGUCCAUUCCAAUCGAUGAUUCUGAAGAACAAGAAAAAGAAAAUGAGAUGCAA